AUGUCCAGGUAUAUGAAAUCAGUUUAUGAAUAUACUAAAGUACGUAAAAAUUUCGGCAGGCAACCAUUGUUUCGAGAUGUGCCUGCACAGAUGCUAGAUUCGAUAAAACCGGACAAGAACGAACAAAAACUGUACGCUCUACGAAAUCCAGUACAUCGUUACGUUCAAGCCACUAUGCCUCAAUCAGAAAAUGAUUCGAAUACGAAACAAGUGAUAAGUCACGAUCAAAGCAUAAAUCACGAAGAAGGUGGUUGGCCGCGUGAGGUUCAUGUCUAUAACGAGGAACAUAUACAUAGGCAUCGUCGUCGAGUAAUGCACGAGGAUAACUACGUACACGCAGUACUAAAUUUGGCGCCUGUUAUGGCACAUUACGUUAAUCAAAAUAACGCUAUCGAUAUGUACCAAACAUAUUUCUCUGACAUGAAAGGUCAAGAACCCGUUGAAACAUACAAAGUUCGCAUUGCGAAUGUGUUCAGAGACCCAUCACGGCGCCCUGUUUCUUGUAUAGCCUGGACCAAUGAGAAAAAAUCAAUGAUAGCCGUAUCAUAUUGUGAGCGAACUUAUUGUAACAAUGAAUGGGGAUAUCUUUCAGUUGAAAAUAAUACAUGUUCCCUCUGGGACGUGACAGUCCAUAACACACCCGCAAAUGAAUUCUGUGCUAAUAGCGCUUGUUGGCAAAUAGCGUGCUCUCCUAAAGACCCAGAAAUAAUUAUUGGUGGAUUGCAGAAUGGAACAGUAUGUGUUUUUGAUGCACGAACAAAUAAAAAAGCUAUUGGUUAUAGUUCUGUGUACAAAUCUCAUCGUGAACCUGUAACUGCUUUGCUUUAUAUUCAUUCAAGAACUCAGACAGAAUUUUUUAGUGGCUCACCAGAUGGGCAAUGCCUUUGGUGGGAUUUACGGAAUUUUGAUGAGCCACUUUGUCAAUUACCCAUAUCUGUCAAAAUACCAGCUGACCAAAAACCAGACUUAAGUAAUGCUGAAGGGGUUAGUUCUUUAGAUUUCGAUUAUGGAUUACCUACCAAAUUUCUAUGCGGUACAGAUUCAGGGUUAGUUAUUAACAUCAACCGCAUGGGAAGAAGUCAUUCGGAAAUAUUAACUUCAUACUGGAAUGCACAUUUAGGCCCUGUAAGAGCUGUACACCGGAGUCCUUGUACAACGAGAAUGUUUCUUACUUGUGGAGAUUAUUCCUUACGCAUUUGGAGUGAAGAAAUGCGUACACAACCAAUAAUAGUCACCAAACCUUAUAGACAUCAAGUAACCGAUGCAUCAUGGGCUCCAUUGAGGUACUCGUGCUACAUGUCAGUAUGUGCCGGAGGGUAUUUUUAUUACUGGGAUUUACUACGUAAAUCACAAGAACCGGUAGCAACCCUUCAGAUCUCCAAAAAAGAAAUAACUAAACUAACCCCUCACACCAAAGGCAGAGUUAUUGCUAUAGGAGACGUUAUUGGAUCAGUUACUUUAGUUCACCUUUCAGAAAAUAUGAUAUUACCAGGGAGUCGCGAUAAGCAGCUCGUUCAUCAACUUUAUGAGCGAGAAAGUAGACGUGAACAUAUCGUAGACACACGCCUAAGAGAGAUACACUUAAAACAAAAAACUGAAGAAGAGGCAGCCACUAAGGAAAUUUAUGAAGAAAUUCCAGAUGAAGAUGAGCUCCUUCAGCAAACUGAAGAUGAAUACUUUCAAAUAGUCACUCAAGAAUUGAAAAAAAUGGACAUGCUCACAUCAGAAAGUGUUUCUUGA